AUGAGCGAGCAGGACAAGGCCGCUCGCGAGCGAGCAGCGGCCAGAGCUCCAGCCGAUCGCGAUCGCGAGAGGGAACGCCCCAGGGACCCUCCGCCGCCUUCCUCCACAUCGUCGUCGGCACCACCCAACGACGGCCGGCCCCCUCCUCCAGGCUCUGGCCUGAGCUCCACAUACCCUUCAGCCCGCCACGAGGGAGCACCGUCCACUGCUGCUUCCAGCGCGCCCCGGUCCAGCAUGUUCAGCGGCGGGGGCGGCUUUGGCGGCUAUGGCAACUACAUGGCCGAGAAGCGAGAGCGUGAGCGCCUCCGUGAAAUCGAGCGCGACCGCGAGCGUGAUCGUCAAAAGGCAGCCGCCGGACCUGACGCUUCCCCCGGUCGGUCGGCCAGCUCGUACCCUCGCUCAGUGCUCUCGGCAUCCACCUCGCCGACGCUCUCGCGCCGCGACCCCCCUCCACCAUCCAGCGCGACCGCGCCAAAGUCGGCGUCCUCGGCCUCUUCAUCCCACCCGCCUGCUUCUGGUGGAGCGUCAUCGGGCACCCGUCCCGGACUCGCUCUCCCUAGCUUUUCAAGCCUCAACCCGCGUCCUCUCGGCUCGUCAUACGAGGUGGGCGGCCGUGAACGCUCGGCGUCCAACGCCAGCUCCACCAAGGAGGCCGUCCCAGGUGGGCAUCAGCGUACCCUGUCUAGCAGCAGCAGCCAGCAGCGGGAGACCCUCAGCGGUCUGUCGUCCAUCGGCCAGACGAGCCCCGUAAAGACCAAUGUCCCCGUCCCAUCUGCUGCCUCGCGUGGAAUCUUUGGUGGUCCCCCUCCUCUGUCAUCUGGAGCGCGCGAGCAGUCCUCUGCCCAGCGCUCUCCGGUCACCAAGACCACCUCGGUUACUACCUCGCCUACUCAGUCCACACGCGAAGUGCCCCCCACGUCAUCCGCUCAGGCUCCAAAGCCAUCGGCCACUGGCGGCAACGGAUCAUCCUCGGCACCCCACUCAGCUCGCCCGCCCUACUCGUUCAGCUCGACCUAUGCAUCCGCCUACACCACCCCGUACAGCGGCUAUGGUAUGGGCGGUGGCUUCCUCGGCGGAGGUGCCGGCGGCUUUCCCUUUGGCGGAGGCCAGUACAGCGCCGCCGAGCCUAUUGCCCAGCGCGACCGCGAGGUACAGGCCGCUGCUGCCGAAAAGGACCGCCGCGAGCGCGAGUUGCGCGAACGUGAGCGUGAGCGCCGCCUCGAGGAGGAGCGCCAGGCCCGCAUCCGCGAGAUACGCGAGAAUGAGCGCAAGGACAUUCUGCGCUACGAAGCCGAGAAGCGUGACCGUGCGUAUGGUGUCGAGGCCAAGCCAUUCCAGCCGCCGCGCCAGACGUCGACCACCUACGGCGACCUGUACCGUCCGCGCACCCAGGCCCCAGCCGCCCAGCAGCCGGCCCACCAGGAGCCAAAGUACACCCGCCACAUCGAGGUAAUCAACCAGCCCGGCACUCAGAGCCACGAGGCUGCCAGGACUGCCCCGCCUCCUGUUCCCGCUGCCCCAGCCGCGCCUCCCCCUAUCCAGCAGCCGCAACAGGCCCAGCAGCAGCAGGCUCAACAGGCGCAACAGGCUCAGCAGGCUCAGCAACAGCAACAGCAGCAGCAGCAGCAACAACAACAGCAGCAGCAGCCGCCGGCUCGCGAGAACCGCCCGUACGCAGGCUACGCUGCCAAGAAUGAGCCUCGCGAGUACACCUACACGCCUCGCGACACCAAGCGGCCACGCAUGGAGACUGCACUCGAGGACCAGGCCCAGAACCGCCGCGCCACCACUUCGCGUGCCAAGCGUACCCGCAAGGAGGAGGAGAAGAAGGACAAUGCCCCGCGCGACCUGUCUGCUCUCACCGUGGCCGUCAAGAAGUGGCCCGAGGUCUCGAGCCAGCCUGUUGAGGCGUGGCUCAAGAGCCUUCCCGACCUCAACCGUGUCGUCGGCCAUGAGGUCUACCACGGCCCCGAAUGGUCGCUCGCGCAGACUCGUUCCACGGGCGUCGAGUGUGAGGGUGCCAUUGCCAUUGUGCGCGUCAGCGGUGCCUUCCUCGGCACGCGAUGGAAGGUCCGGGGCGAGCCUGGUUGGGACGAGGCACGUUCCUCUGGCGGCGACGGUGCCGACGUCGGCCUUGGCUGGGGUGUCGGCGGCCAGGCCCGUCUCGAGAGGCGUAUCUGGGGCACCGACGUGUACACUGACGACUCGGACCUGGGUCUCGUGCUCGUCCACGCUGGCUGGAUCCGGUGGGGUGGCGCGGCUACGCGCAGCGACGACGACAUUGUCAACGUCACUGUCCGCGUCGUGCCCCGUCUCGUUCGGUACACUGCCACGGAGCGUAACGGUGUCAUCACCCGCUCGUGGGGUAAUGGCCACGACGGAGCCAGUAUCGUCGUCGAGGGUGUCGAGCGCGUCAAGGUCGACAAGAGCUUUGGCUCCCGCCUCCCGCGCCGUACCGCGCGCAAACUGCACAUGGCCGAACUCGCCCGCCAGCGCGUGGCGCUGUUUGACUGGGCGCCGCAGACCGACUCGCUCGACGCCGACGCGCACCUCAUGCCAGGUGACCUGCCGUUUGACGACCACAAGCGCGCCGCCCUGCCUGAGCGUAUGAUCUUCAUAUCGGGCCAGGCUGGGUUCAGGUACCUCCCCGACGCGCUUGCCGGCUACAUUGACUUGCCCGGAGACGACAGCGGCCUGCGUACACUGUGGACGCAUGAUUUGGAGCUGGGCUCUGCUAACGAGACGUACCGCCUCACUCUGGAACUCGAGGACGGCCAGCCCCGCAUUACCAUCAUGUCCCGCGCGGCGCCCAAGCCCACGCGUGCGGCAGCCGCCGCCGCCGAAGAGGAGAUUGAGGAAGACCUUGUCGUCGACUCGAUCGACCCGGAAGCCGCACACUGGAUGCCGCAGGGCCUCGCCCUGCAGCUCCAGCAGGACCGCGGCGUGCUCUGCGCCGCAAAGGUGUACCGCUGGAUCGCGCGCAAGGGUCCCUCGCUCCUGCCCUCCGUCCCCACGCCCACACAGCAGAACGACGACAAGCUCAAGGACAAGGCCGAGCCGCCCGUCGCUGAGGGACUGCAGAGCCCGCGCAAGUCGGCGUCCAAGUCCCAGUCUCCCCAGAAGGACAGCGAGGCCAUGGACGUGGACGAGGAGCCCGCGGCGGCGCCUGCUGCGGCCCCCGUCGUCGCUGCCGCUGCUUAG